CCUUCCUUCUGAUGUCUCCUUCCUUGGGUUGUGUUUUCUGGACAGAGGACAAGAUUUGGACAUCAGUGCAGCACAACAACACAGAGCUGACCCGGGUGCGGGGUGCUGACCCAGAGAAGCCCUACACCAUGGCCUUGGAUUAUGGCGGCAGCAUGGAACAGCUGGAAGCCAUGAUUGACGGCUCUGAGCACUGUGAGCAGGAGGUAGCCUACCACUGCAGAAGGUCCCGCCUGCUCAACACGCCAGAUGGAACACCAUUUACCUGGUGGAUUGGGCGGUCUAAUGAAAGGCACCCUUACUGGGGAGGUGCCCCUCCUGGGGUCCAGCAGUGUGAAUGUGGCCUGGAUGAGAGUUGCCUGGACAUUCGACACUUCUGCAAUUGCGAUGCUGACAAGGAUGAAUGGACAAAUGAUACUGGCUUUCUUUCCUUCAAAGACCACUUGCCUGUCACUCAGAUAGUUAUCACUGAUACCAACAGAUCAAACUCAGAAGCUGCUUGGAGAAUUGGUCCCUUGCGUUGCUAUGGUGACCGGCACUUCUGGAAUGCGGUAUCAUUUUACACAGAAGCCUCUUACCUCCACUUUCCCACCUUCCAUGCGGAGUUCAGUGCUGAUAUUUCCUUCUUUUUCAAAACCACGGCUUUAUCGGGAGUUUUCCUAGAAAACCUUGGCAUUAAAGACUUCAUCCGACUUGAAAUAAGCUCUCCGUCUGAGAUCACUUUUGCCAUUGACGUUGGGAAUGGCCCUGUAGAGCUCAUAGUUCACUCUCCUUCUCUUCUGAAUGACAACCAAUGGCAUUACGUCCGGGCUGAAAGGAACCUCAAGGAGACUUCACUCCAGGUGGACAGCCUCCCAAGGAUGACCAGGGAGACUUCAGAGGAGGGCCACUUCCGGUUGCAGCUGAACAGCCAGCUCUUUGUAGGGGGAACAUCAUCAAGACAGAAAGGCUUCCUAGGAUGCAUACGCUCAUUACACUUGAAUGGGCAGAAGUUGGACCUGGAGGAGAGGGCCAAGGUCACGUCUGGAGUCCGGCCGGGAUGCCCGGGCCAUUGUAGCACUUAUGGUGGCAUCUGCCACAACGGGGGCAAGUGCGUGGAGAAGUACAGUGGGUACUCGUGCGAUUGCACCAAUUCACCAUAUGAAGGGCCCUUUUGCAAAAAAGAGGUUUCUGCUGUUUUUGAGGCUGGCGCUUCAGUUACUUAUAUGUUUCAAGAACCCUACCCGGUGACCAAAAAUAUAAGCCUCUCAUCCUCGGCGAUUUACACAGAUGCAGCUCCAUCCAAGGAAAAUAUUGCGUUUAGCUUUGUGACAGCUCAGGCGCCCAGCCUCUUGCUCUACAUCAAUUCAUCUUCUCAGGAUUCCCUGGCCGUCCUGCUCUGCAGGAAUGGAAGCUUACAGGUUCGCUAUCAGCUAAGCAAGGAAGAGACCCAUGUUUUCAAUAUGGAUGCAGAGAAUUUUGCCAACCGAAGGUUGCACCACUUGAAGAUUAACCGGGAGGGAAGAGAGCUUACCAUUCAGGUAGAUCAGCACCUGCGACUCAGUUACAACUUUUCCCCAGAAGUCGAAUUCAGGGCCAGACGGUCACUCACCUUGGGCAAAGUCACAGAGCAUCUUGGAUUGGAUUCUGAAGUCGCCAAAGCAAACAUCAUGGGUUUUGUCGGAUGCCUGUCUUCAGUCCAAUACAACCAGGUAGCACCCCUGAAGGCAGCCCUGCGACAUGCCACCAUCGCACCUGUGACUGUCCAAGGGACCCUGACAGAAUCCAGCUGUGGCUCUGUGGUGGAUGUGGAUGUGAAUGCAGUGACCACAGUGGACUCUUCAUCAGAUCCCUUUGGGAAGACAGAUGAGCGGGAACCGCUCACCAAUGCAGUUCGAAGUGACUCAGCCGUCAUUGGAGGAGUGAUAGCAGUGGUGAUAUUCAUCAUCUUCUCUAUCAUCGGCAUCAUGACCCGCUUCCUUUACCAGCAUAAGCAGUCACACCGCACUAACCAGAUGAAGGAGAAGGAAUACCCAGAAAAUUUGGACAGCUCCUUUAGAAAUGACAUUGACUUGCAAAACACAGUGAGCGAGUGUAAGCGGGAAUAUUUCAUCUGAGAAACUGCAGGGUCACCUAAUAUUCUUUGGGUUGUUGUUAAAUUUUUUCUCCUUUCUCCUAUCUUUUCAUUUUGGUCAUCCUCCUUUUCUCAUUUGUUUGCCAAUUAUGUUUGGCACACCCCUGUAUCAACCACAGCAUCUAUCCUCUUGACCCAGCCCAGAAGACCAGGCAGCUAUGGCCACUGCCUUCCUUUCCGACAGAGUUGUGGUGGUGAUAGUGACCACUCAACAGACUGACUUUACUCUAGACAAAGAAGAGACACAUGGGUGUACAUGUGCAUAUUUAGUUCUAUACUUCCAGUUUCUAAGUAAGAUGCACUCUUUAGUUUCGCAGCCGUCCAGUCUUGCAUUAAACCUCAGGCUUAUGUUGAACCUGAGCUCUGUGACUUAGGCAUAUGACAGUCACCCUUGACAUCCUCCCCCAUCUCAAGUUCAUUCCUACCAAGGAACUCAGGGUAGAGAAAGAAGACGCUAAAAGCCUGGUUUGCUUCAGUGGCACUUUCAAAGGAUUAAGAGAGGUUUGUUUUGUGUUGCUUUUCCUUACCACAGGACGCCCAUUGCCCUAACCCAUCACCCUUUUUCACUUUGACUCUUCUCCCCUGAGUAUUUCAAAUAUAAAAUUCCUUAUAGUAGUGAGCCAUUCCUUUGCUCCUUUCAUGCCACUCUCUCCUGGGGCCGACACUUUAGAACUGCACACAAUAGCAUAAACCUAGGGGAAGCAUGGAAAAUCGUAUCUUGAAACUAGGAGGUAAAAAGAAAAGCUGCUAGGAAGUAGAUGUUCUAUAACUUCAAAAAUGCCUCUUCCAAUUUUGUAAGAAAUGUUAGCUAGGUUAUUUCUGGGAUUAUUAUACAAAGAUAUAUAUAUAUAUAUAUAUAUAUAUAUAUAUAUAAAUAUAUAUAUAAGUUGCUGCAACAUAAAGAAAUUCAAAUACAGGUCUAAAAUAGUACCUGGUUCCAUGAAGAGCUUUAAAAAUAAAAAUGAAAACAAAAAAUUUUAAAAAAACCAAAACUGCACGAAAGAAGAGAAAUAUCAAGCAGGAUUCUUCCCUUCUAUCUACUCACCAACGAUCUAGUGACUAAAGUGAAUGAAUGCAGGUGUCAUGUUUUCUAGCAGACACAAUGACCCACCUCUGUCCAUAGAGACAUUCUCUGGGAGGUUCAGGGCGUGCUGACUGGGGCAUUAUGGUUUCCCUGUUGAACCUUCACUGCUUAGUUUGAGAGGCCCUCUUAGGUUCUACAGUGAAUCACAUUUUAAAGUCAUCUAUAUUCCAUGUAUAUAAAGGCCCCCACACACAUCUUUUUGCAGGCAUAGACUCUCACAUGAGGUGAUGUGAAGUUUCAGGGUAUCUGUCCCUCCCGAAAACAAAGCAUCGAAGAAACAUAGUUAUUCCUUCAAGAAGGCAUCCCUAGCUCAUCCACGAGGUGGUAGUAAGAAUCCUAAUGAUUUUACUAUGGCGAUGGGUCUCACUCUGCCUCUGGGCCAUCUUGGGGAAAAAGAGAAGGGGAAAACAAUAUAAAGUCUCCGGUAUGCUGAAAAUACCAAUAUAAUGAUCCACAAAUGUGGAAAGUCCUUGCUGAUUCUCUUUACGAGACAGAUUCGGUUUGGGAAACAAUUACCACGUUGCAGUUUGCCAGCCUCAACAGUGAGCAGACAUUCCAUUUUCUUCUUAGUGUGUCUAUCUCCCCUGGCAUGGCCAGGCUCACGAUGAAGAACUCAUUAGCUCCGUCUCAUCUCAAAUCCGUUUCAGGCUUUCCUUUCAGGGUCUGAGCACGUGGGCAAGGAUCAGCUUGUAAUCAUAUUUAUCAACUUGAAGAUGUUGUUCUAAAUAUACAUUCUCUUCUUAAAACUAUCUGCAGAUUCUUAAUCACAUCAUCAUGAUAUCAUUUUGCUAGUAAAUGUAUUUAAAGGAUUCCAACGCUGGCAUCUUUGUUUUUUUGUUUGUUUGUUUUUUGUUGUUUUUUUUUUCUUCUAGCAUUUUUAAUAAGAUGAAUAAAUCAUCAAUAAGAGGAAAGAUCUUUAAAUAUUAUUUUCUCCUGCCCCUUCCACCCCUGUUUCCAAUGUUCACUUUUGAAUUGUUGAUUUCCAUAAAAAAGGCUGUAUAAAUCAGCCUCUUGCUGAUUUGGACUACGGGGACAUAGUCCUUUCUCCCCUCAAAUAAAAGUCACCACGAAGCACAGUAGGUUUAGCCUGAAGCGUCUCCAAUAAUGAAAUGGAAAGGCAAAGGAAGGUGUGAGGAAUAAAACUGGAACCCCUCAUUAUUCAAGUCUCUGAGAAGCAAGGACUAUAUUUUGCUGGCA